CCCCAUAGCCCCGGCAUCAGCGCUGUUUCGCGGCCGAAACUCGGCUCCCCCGGGGCCGGGUCGGCGGCCGGGGCGGGGAGGGCUCAGCCGGGGCGGCCGAGGCACGAAGCUCCUCCCGGCAGCCCCACAGCCGCGGCGGCCGGGGGUGGAGGCAGCUCGCCCGUCCAACCAGCGCCCGGCAGCUCGCCGCUGCUUCGCCUUCUCUCCCCCUUUCCCGGCCAGGAUAAGCCUGCCACAAAGAGCAGGGGUUCAAAUGAGGCAGCUCCAGGCUGCCUGAAGGGACGGCGGGGAGCGCCGAGCGCCCCGCGGGAACGUACCGCUUCGGACGCGGGGAGCAGCCCAGAACGGUCUCGAGCAAGAAAAACGCAGAAGAGGAAAAGAACUGCAGAAGAGGAAAAGAAUCCCCAGCACGUCCCGUCUGGUCCCAGCACGGCACACGCGGACUGCGGGUCGCCGAGGCGAUGGCACCGCGGUCGGGCCGCGGCGGCAGCUGCUGAGGGAGCGGCCGAGGAGCCAGCGCAGCCGAGCAGCCGCGAUUUUACGAAGUUCUUUGCCGAAGAAUAUUUGACAGGAAUUAGAGGAUCAUGAUGACAACAAGAUUCAUCUGUUUAAUACUAGUAACUGUUGUGGGAGUUACUACAAGUGAAACACAGGAAUUUGAAGGCAAUGACAAGGAAAAAGCUCAAGAAUUCAUUUACAUGAAUAGAUACAAGCGUUCCAGUGACGCACAGGACAAAUGCACUUACACCUUUAUUGUACCUCAGCAGAGAGUGACAGGUGCCAUUUGUGUUAAUUCUAAGGAGCCUGAAGUUCUGCUUGAAAACAGGGUAAAUAAACAAGAAUUACAGUUACUUAACAAUGAACUUCUUAAACAAAAGAGACAAAUAGAAACUCUCCAGCAACUGGUAGAAGUGGAUGGUGGAAUUGUUAAUGAAGUUAAACUCUUAAGAAAAGAGAGCAGAAAUAUGAAUUCUCGUGUCACACAGCUCUACAUGCAGCUAUUACAUGAAAUUAUCCGAAAACGUGAUAACGCCUUGGAACUUUCUCAACUUGAAAAUAAGAUUUUGAACCAAACUGCAGACAUGUUGCAGCUUGCAAACAAAUACAAAGACUUAGAGCACAAGUAUCAACAUUUGAUGACAAUUGCCAAUAAUCAGACAAUAAUAAUUGCCCAGCUGGAAGAACAUUGUCAAAGAAUGCCAUCCAUAAAGCCACUGCCACAAACUCCACAACCACCAAUUAAAGUGUACCAGCCUCCUGCUUACAAUCGCAUUAAUAACCAGAUAUCUACUAAUGAGAUUCAAAGUGAUCAGAACUUAAAGGUUCUGCCACCUACCUUACCAACCAUGCCUGCAGUUACUAGUAUUCCAACUUCAACUGAUAAACCGUCUGGGCCCUGGAGAGACUGUCUACAAGCAUUAGAAGACGGCCAUGACACAAGCUCCAUCUAUCUUGUAAAACCAGAAAACACAAACCAGCUUAUGCAGGUCUGGUGUGACCAACGACAUGACCCUGGUGGCUGGACUGUCAUUCAGAGACGGCUGGACGGCUCUGUCAACUUUUUCAGGAACUGGGAAACAUACAAGCAAGGAUUUGGUAAUAUAGAUGGAGAAUAUUGGCUUGGAUUAGAAAACAUUUAUUGGUUAACAAAUCAAGGCAACUACAAACUGCUCAUAACAAUGGAAGACUGGUCAGGUCGAAAAGUAUUUGCUGAGUAUGCCAGCUUCAGACUGGAGCCAGAGAGUGAGUACUACAAGCUGAGACUGGGACGCUACAACGGCAACGCGGGAGAUUCUUUCACUUGGCACAACGGCAAACAGUUCACCACGCUAGACCGGGACCACGACGUAUAUACAGGUAACUGUGCUCAUUACCAGAAGGGAGGAUGGUGGUACAAUGCAUGUGCUCACUCAAAUCUCAAUGGAGUCUGGUAUCGGGGAGGACACUACCGCAGUCGGUAUCAGGAUGGUGUUUACUGGGCUGAAUUCCGGGGAGGUUCAUAUUCACUAAAGAAAGUUGUUAUGAUGAUAAGACCUAACCCUAACACAUUUCACUGAAAUAACUCUUCUCUUGGUUUGCUUUGUUGUUCUAAAAAAUCACAUAAAGCUAUGAUUUUAUUACCUGAAAUUACCUUUUCAGAAAUGAGGAAUGUAAGAUACUGUACAUUUAUUGAUAAGGUAUGAGGGCUUGUAUAUUAGAUUUUCAAGAAUCAUCCCUGGAAAAAGAGCUGAAGAAAAGGAACUGUAAUAACAUUCAGAACACCUCUUGGUCCUAUUAGAACUUGCAGUUUAGAUGAAAACUGUAGAUAAACUUCCUGGUUUUUAUUCCCUGUAAAUUAAGUUUGGAUGAUAAAAAUAUUGCCACCACAUUUAAGUAUUUUUGUAUGUUAUGUAUAAAUAUUCUCAAAUACAGGAAAUAUUACAAACUGUACAGCAAGAGUUUUAUUAUUAUUAUUGUUGUUACUAUAAGCAAUCAUUUGACACAGGAAUCAUAUCCUUUGAACUAAGUAGCUGGUAUAUGUACAUUAGUAUGAUGAUUAUGUAAUCUUUGUUAACUACCAUGAAUAAAGUUAGCACUAUAUAAUUCUGUUUGGAGAGCAGAUACUCAAACUGUUAUUGUCCCUAUAAAUCUGGCCUUUUCCCUUCACUUUGUGCAUUCAUAUAAUAUGCUCCUAUAAAAGUUCACUAUUAAUUCAAAUAUUUUAGAUUAAAAACAUUAAUUAUUUCUUACCAAAAUGAAGUAGCUACUUGCACAUGGAAAUUAAUCUAGAUUUAUAAUAGCUAUUAUGUCCUCUAUAGCCAACAUGUUAUACUACACAACUGUUACGGUAUUUUGUACCUGACUUCAGUGAUUACCUGCUGUGUAGCCUCUAUAAUCAGAAAUGGCUGGAUAUAAAUUAAAGGGUCUAUCCAACUUUGCAGGCAAAUGAUGGAUACCAAUUUAUAAGCUAUUUAAUAGCCUUAGCCUUUAGCUAAAAAAUUAUAUAGAGAACUUAUCCGUAGCAAAAAAAGUUAUUUUAAACAUAUUUCACAAUUAUUACUGUCUAAUUAUUAAACAGAUUUACUCAUUUAUAUGUAGAGGUCAGUCACACUUACGAAAUACAGACUGGCUAAUUCUAAUAUUCUUCUGAGAUAGAUUUCUAUAACAGAUUGUUAACACACCCAUUACAAACAAACUACUACAAAAAAUGCAAGCUAAAGAAUGCAUAGAAGAGGCAGAGUGAAAGCCUCUAGAAGUUCAACAUAUUUUUUGGUCAGCCUGUAUGACACUGAGUGUUUGUGUGUGUGUGUUUGCAUACUUUUCCCUUAUCACCUCAUCACAUCUUUACCACAGUAUGACGUGUGACAUAGCAUGUGCUGUAUAUAACUGAAAGUAGGGUUUUUAAUAUAUUAGAUUACCCCUGUAAUAUUGUAACCCUUAAUAAAGUACCAAAUGUUAUUUUGA